AUGAAACGCACUCUCAGUCGUCCUUGUGGAGACUCCCAACCGCAAAAGCAAGCCAAACAUGCUGGCCCGGCUUUUGAUGCAGUUCCAACUGAGACCAAUCCACUCUGGAUCAACAACAAAAUCUGCCCUGCAUCUACAAGCAUGCAGGACAAUGUCGGGCACUUUGUAACUGGAGACCAGCACUCUUCCAGAGAGCCAAAUCCGCCUUGGCUAGCAUGGCACCCGGCAGGUUUGGAGAACCUGAUGCAAAUGCACUACUCCCCCCACGCCGUUUUCACCAUUCCAUCCACACGCUCUGGCGUCCCCCACCCAUACUCCCGUCCUACCAGCCGCUCUAGUCGUUGUUCCGUGGCAGCCAACUCCCAACCACCCACUCGCGAACCAUCUCCCACUCCGCGAAACUUGCCCGGAAUGGAACCAGAGCCGUCCAUUGGCGCUCUCCUCGAGGCUAUCCAAGCCCUCUCCACACAAGUCGGGUCCCUCCAGGACCAAAUCAAGUCUCAAGGCAAGCAAAUCACUCAGCUCACCGCCUUAUGCAAGGAGACCAACGACCUCGUUGGAGACAAGGACCAGGGCGGAGCCCAAACAAAGCCUGGCCCAUCGGCUGGGCCUACCACUCCUCCCACCCACACGGGAGGAGAAGCCCACACUCCAGCAACGAUUAGGCCUGGACUCAAAGCCCCCUUCCGACCAUCAAGGGGCACAGGUUUUGACUCAGAAGACGAGGAAGAACCAAGGCCUCCCAAAAAGGAGCCUACAGGAACGCCUAGGAGGCACUUGGGGUCUCUCACCCCCUUCGAUGCAGGGUCCAGUGUAAAGCGGCCAAAGAUGGACCUCCCAGACCCCUAUAAGGGUGAUACCAGGGGACGAAAGGCCACUCAGUGGCUUGACCGAAUGAUGCUCUGGGUUGCCCUACAUAGGGACCAAUUCGACAAGGAGGAGCAAAUGGUUGCCUUAACGGCCAAGUUCAAAGAAGCAUUUGCCGAUCCCAACGCCAAGCGAGCUGCCGCUAGAAAAAUUGCGGCCCUCUCCCAAACAACCACCACCUCCGAGUACGUCACGGAGUUCCGCAAUCUCAUGGCGGAAUUAGACUGGAACAAGGAGGCCUAUAUUGCGCAGUUCACGCAAGGCCUCCACUGGAAGGAGAACCGUCCCAAAAAGGCACCUGCCAAAUCCCCAGCCACCGUGGCCACCACUUCCACCACUACCACCCAACGGGUUCGCCUCUCAGAGGACCCAAAUUAUGUCACACCGGAAGAAAGGGAUCGCCGCCGCGCGUCUGGCCUUUGUGUCAAGUGCGGCCAGAAGGGACACGGAAUCAAGCAAUGCCCCAACGGCUGGAAGGCUACCAUCAAGGAGGUAGCUAAAGUUGCAGAGGAAGAAAGUUCGGGAAAAGAUUAA